AUGGUUUCUGGGUUAUUUGGCAUUAUAUGCGCGGGUGGUUUAUACUGUCCAUUAAAUCCCACAGAUCCAUAUGAACGGGUUACUUCGAUUCUCGAACAAUUACAAGGUUCAUGCGUUUUAACACAUAAAAAAACCCGUCAUCUAUUCCCUACAACAAAUUCAAUCAAACAACUCAUUUUCCUAGACGAGAUUCUUUCUCCAUUAUCGGAUGUGGAAGACAUGGAGGAGCUUCCAGAUUGCAAAGAGCAUGGUGAUGCACUUAUUAUUUGCACAUCUGGUACAACUGGUCGACACAAAGCUGUAGUUCAUUCUUUUCGAAGCUUGUCAACUAGCAUUCGUGCUUUUAGUCAAUGGGAUCUUCAUAUGUACACUAGUCAAGAUCAGGUGCUACAGGUUGCGGCGUGUUCAUGGAUUUUACAUAUAUCCGAAAUCAUGUUACCACUAGUUGUUGGUGGCACACUUGUGUUGCUAAGACCCAAUGGUCAUUUAGAUAUGGACUAUUUUUCUCAAACUCUAAUACAACAACAAGUGACAACAAUUACAAUUGGUCCUGGAAUAGUUCGAGCUCUCACCAGCUACCUUGAGAAAACCCAACGCCUGGCUACUCUGAAGUUUGUACACAAUGUGAUCAUAGGAGGCGAAGCCAUGAAGCCUCAACAAUUAGUGAGGUUAGUCGGUGUGUUACAAUCGUUUGAUGUCAAAGUAUGUACUCAGUAUGGUAUGACUGAAUGUAAUGGGGCACUGGGCUGUCGAUUACUCAAUUUCGAUGAUGGAUUUGUACCUAUAGGUCAUCCACUUCCUGGUUAUCGAUGUUUGCUCAUCAAUAAACAGGGACAGAUCAUACACAGUACGAAUAGAUCCAGUGAAAUUGGUCAACUGCAUAUAGGAGGAUCAGCCCUAUUUGACCGUUACUUCAACGAUCCAGAGCGAACCGACAAUAUGUUCGUCACUAUUGAUAACCAAAUUUAUAUGAAAACAGGUGACUUAGCUCGAUAUAAUGAACGAGGUGAACUGGUGCAUUCUGGACGUAUUGAUUUUCAAGUCAAAGUGCAUGGUCAAAGAGUGGAAACAACUGAAAUUGAAAAUACAAUUAUCACUUGGUCUUCUGACAAGAUCUCUAACUGUCUUGUCACCAAAGCUCCACAGAACGAUGAUUUUCUUGUUGCUUAUGUAGUCUCAAAUGAUUUACAGAUCGAUACAGAAGAACUUCGACAACACUGCAGGAAAUACCUUCGUCAAUAUAUGGUUCCAUCUAUAUUUAUUAUAUUGGAAAAGCUGCCAUUAAAUGCUAAUGGAAAAAUAGAUCCUCAAAUGUCAUCUACUCUAAAUGUCAUUCUGACUGACAACAAUCUUGCUACGUCACAACAUAAUUUCACCUAUAAAACGGAUGAAACCUCAAGCUAUCAAUCUUGUCCGACUACUGAGAUCCAACAAGCUUAUUUAUUUGGACGACGUGGCUAUGUCGAACUUGGUAAAGUUUCUUGUUAUUCAUAUGAAGAAUACGACUUACCACUGCAUUUCAAUAUCGAACGACUUGAGCAAGCAUGGAAUCAUUUGAUUCAUCGUCAUGAAGCAUUACGGACCAUAUUUAUAUCUGAUACAGAACAGCAAAUUCUUAGAAGAACUCCUUACUAUACGAUACUCAUAGUUGAUUUGUCUAAUACUAUAUUUAUAGAAGAUGAACUCAUUAAAAGACGUACGCAAUUAUCACAUCAAAUUCGUCCUGCUAAUGAAUGGCCAUUAUUUAACAUUCAAGUAACUUGUUUUAUUCAAGACAGCACACGUCACCUUCGCAUUCAUAUCGGUUUCGAUCUUCUCAUAAUGGAUCUUUGGAGUGCAAACAUCAUUUUCUCUGAACUGAAUCAACUCUAUCACUAUCCACAAGUUAUUUUACCGACGAUCGAUUAUUCUUUUAGAGACUACAUAUUAGCACAAAAUCAAAUCAAAACCACACCCGUCUAUCAAACUGACAAAAAGUACUGGAUCGAUCGACUAAAUUCAUUUCCAUUAGGUCCUAGUUUACCACUACGCUGUUUACCAACAGAAUUAAAGAUACAACAAUUUGUGCGCUUGAAACGUACAUUAGAUCAAUCAAUAUGGAGUCAGUUGAAAGAGCGAAUCAAUAGUGCUCAAUUGUCGCCUACUGGAUUUCUUACAUCUAUCUAUGCGAUUGUAUUGGCUAAAUGGAAUGAUAAUCAACACUUCUCAAUCAAUCUACCAAUCUUCAAUCGUCUACCGAUACAUCCACAAGUCAAUCAAAUAGUAGGGGACUUUACAUCAGUUAUUCCACUCGAAGUCAACUUACAAGAAAAACAAACUUUUCGUCAAUUUUUCCACACGAUUCAAAAACAAUUAUGGAAUGAUCUCGCACAUAUGUCUUACGAUGGUAUAUCGUUUAUUCGCGACUUGAUGCACAUUAACAAGACCAGAGAAAUUGUUUUGCCUAUCGUGUUUAUGUGUGGAUUGUUUCACUCUAAUUCUAAACAAAAUACAAACAAACUUCGAGAUCUUUUUGAAAAAAAUUCAGUAUAUGGAAUUUCACAGACUCCUCAGGUUUACUUGGAUAACCAAAUUUUUGAAGAAGAUGGACAAUUAGUUAUCCGUUGGGAUCAUGUAGAAAAUUUAUUUCCCAUGUCGAUGAUCGAUGAUAUGCAAAGUGUGUUCAUUGAUCUUAUAAUACGACUAGCAACGUCAAGUGAGAUGUGGCAAGAGUUUGCCUCUGUAUCAUUACCAGUUGGACAAUUACAAAGGCGAUUCAACUUUAUCGAAACCCAAUGGAAGUCUGGGAUGAAUACACAACUACUUCACACUUUAGUUAUUAAUCAAGCACAAAAAACGCCUAAUAGUUGGGCGAUUAUAUCAUCUCAAAAAAAUCUAACGUACGAUCAAUUAAUGGAUCGAGUCUAUUCAUUAGGAUAUCAUCUACAACAACAACAUGAAAUAAACUCCAAUCAAUUCAUUGCUAUUCUCAUGACCAAAGGAUGGGAACAGAUCGUUGCCUGUUUAGCUAUUUUAGUUUCAGGUGGUGCUUAUUUACCUUUGGAUGUUGAUUCACCCUACGACCGUCUUUUUUCAUUAAUCGAAGAAACUAAUGUCACAAUUCUUCUUACACAAUCUCAUUGUCAACAUAGAUUUCCACAUCUCACAACUAUUCCAGUCGAUACAUUCACAACGGAUGAUAAUUAUCCAACACCAUUUCCUAUCAAACAACAAUCAUCAACUGAUUUAGCUUAUAUUAUUUAUACAUCUGGAUCAACUGGAAAACCAAAAGGUGUUAUGAUUAGUCAUCAAGCUAUUCUAAAUACUAUUCUUGAUAUGAAUUCAAGAUUAGAUAUCUCAACUAAUGAUAGAAUAUUUGCAUUAUCACAUCUCAAUUUUGAUUUAUCCGUUUACGAUAUAUUUGGAAUAUUGAUUGUUGGUGGAACUAUAGUAAUUUCAGAUCAUGAAGAUUAUAAAAAUCCUCAACAUUGGUAUGAUAUGAUAAUUAAACAUCAUGUCACUAUUUGGAAUAGUGUUCCAAUGCUCAUGCAAAUGUUUGUUGAACAUCUCAAACAUACAAAUAGUCGUAAUCAAUUACGACAUAUCUUAUUAAGUGGUGAUUGGAUACCAUUAUCUUUACCUGAAUCAAUACAAAUAAUAUUUGGUAAACAAGUAACAAUAACUAGUUUAGGUGGUGCAACAGAAGCAUCGAUUUGGUCAAUUGCUUAUACUCUACCAAAAGAAAUACCACGAGAAUGGAAAUCAAUUCCUUAUGGAAUACCAUUAAGAAAUCAACAGUAUUAUGUUUAUGAUAUACAUCUCGAUGAUUGUCCUGAAUGGGUCACUGGUGAAUUAUAUAUUGGUGGUGAAGGUUUAGCUAGUGGUUAUUGGAAUGAUCAAGAAAAAACACAAUCAAGUUUUAUUAUUCAUCCAUUAACUAAUGAACGUCUCUAUCGAACAGGUGAUUAUGGUCGAUUUCUACCCAAUGGAUAUAUUGAGUUUAUGGGGCGAAAAGAUUUUCAAGUAAAAGUACAUGGUCAUCGUAUUGAACUUGGUGAAAUUGAACAUCAAUUAGAACAACAUCCAGAUAUUCAACAAGCUAUUGUUACUAUGGAUGACAAAUCUCAACAUUUAAUUGGAUAUAUUAUGCCAGAAAAACAUUCAAUAGAGAUGUUAAUCGUUGAUCCUAGUGAACGUAUCAAUUUCAAGCUUGCAAGACAUAGUAUAAGACAUCAAAAGAAGGUAGAAAAAAGCUUUGCUCUAACAAAACCAAAGCUUACAGAAACAUUAAUCAAUACAUAUUAUAUGAGAAAAAGCUAUCGACAAUUUACAAAUGAAAUUAUUGAAAUAUCUACUAUCGAGAAGUUGUUAAAAACUUGUCACAAUUGCAAUAAUAACGAGAAAGUCUUUUUGUCUCACCUGGAUUUUGAUAUUCUUAGUCAAUUAUUAGCAGUAUUAACACCGAUCAGUAUUUCUGAUCACCCUUUACCAAAAUAUCGUUAUGCGUCAAUUGAUGAUCUUUAUCCAGUACAGGUAUAUGUUGAAUUACCAAGAUCUAUAGACAAUAUUUCGCCUGGUGUUUACUAUCAUAAUCCAGAUGAUCAUACUCUAGAGCUAAUUAGUAGUCAUAUCAAUAAUAAAAUGACCAAUAUAAGAUUACAUCUUGUUGGACGAUCAUCAUCAAUUGCACCGUUAUAUGGUAAAAGAUUGGGUUCUCAAUUUUGUAUACUAGAAACAGGAUAUGUUAUGGGAUUAUUGGAAAAAGAAGGGUCAAGAUUGGGAUUGACAUUUUCGAAAAAUACUCAUAACGAAUCUAUAAUUCGGAGUAUUUUGAAUAUAGAUGAAAAUGAUACACAUUGUUGUUUCAAAAUUUCAUCAUUUGAACAAAAUAUGUCUAGUGAUGUACAAAAUGAUAAUCAUCCAUGUAUUAUUUAUCUUAAACCGGUCAAUAGUAACAAAGCCCAAUGGUCUAUUUAUAACAAAGAAAAUGAUACUGUUACACCCUUUGAUGUCGAAACUAGAACUACACAUGAGGAAAUACCACUGUUCUUUAAUGACGAUAAUGGUGCAAAGAUUAUAUUUCAUGAUUGUCAAUGUGCAAUCUUCUUCGUUGGACAAUCAGAAUGCACAAUGAAUAUAGGAAAGAUGUCAUGUUUAUUAAUGGAUCAUUGUUUAGAAAUGAAUAUUGGUAUGUGUCCAGUUGGUACUCGUACGAGUUUCCCAAAACAAAUUAAUGAUGUAUUAGACACUAUUCUUAAUCGUGAGAAACUAAAUGAAAGUAACAUAUUACAUACAUUACUUAUUGGAAGGAUUAGUAAUAGACAAAAAUAUGAACGUACUAUUUCGACAGUAAAAUCAAUGCCAAACUGGAGUGAAACAUUACGAAUAUAUCUAAGGAAAAAUCUUCCAAUGUAUAUGGUACCGUCACAUUUUAUAAGUGUUUCAUCAUUUCCAUUAAGUCCAAAUGGUAAAAUUGAUCGAAAAGCUUUACCAGAAAUAUCACUGUCAGUGCUUCAACAAGAAGAUACCUAUACUACACCAAAUACUGAAUUAGAAAAGACAAUUGCGAACAUUUGGCAAGAAAUAUUAUACAGAGAUCGACUCAUUGUACAACAUGAUGAUCCAACUAAAAUCGUCUCUGGUAUAGAUAGACAAAUAUCUUUUCUUAUAUCUACUACAGCUAGUUUCUUCAGUGUCGGCGGCAAUUCUCUUUUACUUGUUAAGAUCUAUCAACGUUAUCAAUCAAAACUUAAUUUCGAAAGAGAAGCAUUGAGUAUUCGAUCAUUGUUUGACUAUAACACCAUAUUAGAACAUGCUAAACUACUUGAACCAAUCAUCAUCGAUGGUGCACAACUAAAACAAUGGUAUACAUUGCAUAUUAAUGAAGGUAUCGCAUCGUAUGCUCAAGAACGCAUAUUUCUUGAUGAACAACUUCGUUUUUCUCAUCAAAUUGCCAUUUACAAUGAGCUGAUGGUUCUAAGAGUUACGAAAGAAUUAUUAUCAGUGAAUCGUUUAUUACAAGCUCUUCGCUAUAUCCUACGUAAACAUAAGAUAUUAAGAACUUCUCUAGUUUUCAAUGCUGAGGAUAGUAUUUUAAAACAAUCUAUUACUGAUAAACAUCUAACAUUUACAUUGGCUGCCGAGCAAACAUUCAAAAGUGAAACUGAACUUCACAACAUUAUCUCACAAAUAAAUACUAAUCCUAAUUUGUUUGAUUUAUCAAGUGGUCGUGUUUUUUAUUGUCAAAUUCUCAGACAACAGAUGACAUCUGAUGAAAAUCAUGAUAAAGAAAUUAUUACAAAAUUUGAUGUUCUUGUGAUCGGCUUUCAUCAUGUUGCAAUUGAUCAAUUAACUUUUUCAAUUUUUUUAAAUGAUUUAUGUAAUACUUACAAUAGUAACAUCGCGUGGUUCGAUAAUGAUGAAUCAUUACAAUAUAUUGAUUAUAGUAUUCAUGAACGUCUAAUCGACAUGACACUAUCACGUGAGUUUUGGCGUUCGCAACUAAAUGGCUUCAAUCACGAAUGUCGAUUGUCACUACCAGUUGAUCGACAUUGCUUACAGAGUGAUCAAAGAUCUGGAUAUGCUUCCAUUGCUCAUAUCUCAUUUGAUAAUGAAGUUUCGAUGUCAUUUCUCGAUUAUGCAUCGUCACAUCAAGUCACACCAUUUCAGCUAGGCCUAGCCACAUUUUAUGCAUUUCUUUUCAAGCUAACGUAUAGACAAAAUGAUUUAUGUAUUUCUUGUCAUAAUGCAAAUCGAUACAGAACUGAAUUACAGAACAUGAUUGGAAUGUUUGUUUCAACAUUACCAUAUCGUAUUCAAAUGGAUUCUGACUGGUCAUUCGAUGAACUUGUUGGACAUGUGCGAGAAAAAUGUUUAUCGAUUCUUGAACAUUCUCAUUAUACACUUCAACAUAUUCUCCGUGAUUUUCAUUUUGAUCAAUCAACUGCUCCUUUUCUUCAAACAGUUUUUGAUUUCAUUACUGAAUCUUCAGUUAACGAUCAGUUGACUUUCGAUGAUGUUAGUUUACAGCGAAUAUCUUUAAAACAGAUUUCUGAAGUAGCUAAAUUUGAUUUUACGUUAAAAUUCAUUUACAAUCCAAUCUCGGAUGACAACAUGUUGUCAUGUCGUUUUAUUUGUUCGCGUGAUCUAUUUGAAGAUACCACACUUACAAAAAUAAUACAAAGAUUUCAAUAUCUUUUUGAACAACUUUUUUCAAUGGAUCUCAACGUUAAUCAGAUUGAUUUAGUAGUUGCACCUAUUGCCAAACUUACUCUUAUCUUACCAGAUGAAAUGAAUGAAAUGCAACACGUAGCUUUUUACCGUCAAUCAAAUGUGACGAAAGAAGCACCAGCAUCAUUUGCACAAGCUCGAAUUUGGCUUGAUGAACGAAUUCGAUUUGAUCCAGAGAAGCCACAAGUGGCAAUAUACGACAUGCCUUUUGUUUAUCGUUUGCAACCAGAUCAUACUUUAUCGAUUAAACAACUUCGUCAUGCUCUUCAUCUCGCUGUUAACAAACAUCCUUCACUUCAUACUUCACUUCAUUUUGACUUCCAAAAGAAUCUACUUAUGCAACGAAUUAUUACUCAUGAAGAUAAAAAGAAUAACAAUUUGUUUUCAAUCAUCAAAACUGCUUAUGAAACAGAUGAGCAAUUAAAUGAGAUUUUACACGACGAGAAACGAAAUCCCCAACUUUUUGAUCUUGCUCAGGGUCUUGUCUUUCGAUGUCAUAUUAUUUAUUACAAACAAAUCUCUCCAAACCACCUUCUUUCUCACAAAGAUCUACUGAUUUUCAACUUCCAUCAUGUUCUAUUUGAUUUUCCAUCAAUGGAUAUAUUUCUUCAUGAUCUUAAUCAAGCAUAUACAACAGGUCAAUUAUUAUAUGAUAACAACACUACUCUACGUUAUCUCGAUUAUGCUGUUAUUGAACAACAAAUGUCAAUGACUGGUGCAAAUAUGUUCUGGCUUGAUGCUCUUCAUGAUUGUAAGCUUGAUCAAUCUUUGUCAUUACCAUAUGAUCGAUAUCUUCUCUCCAAUGAACAUCGAACUGGUCGUGGAACAUCGAUUUCUUUUGAUUUUGGUCAAGAUCUCUCACAUGACUUUCUUAUUUAUGCAUCAUCAAAUAGCAUAUCACUGGAACAACUUGCACUUGCUACUUAUUAUGUAUUUUUAUUCAAAUUAACGAACGGAGAAAAAGAUUUAUGCAUUGGAAUAAACACAGAUGGUCGAUAUAGAAAUGAACUUAGCUCUAUCAUUGGAAUGUUUGUGAAUGCUAUACCUUUGAGGUGUCAACUCGAUCCUCAAGCAUCAUUUCAUAAACUUACUAAACACGUUCGCGAUAUUAUGAUAAACUGUAUUAAAUAUUCAUAUUUUCCUCUUCAACGUAUUCUCAAUCAACAUCCAAAUAUAUCAAAUCCUGUGUUUCUUGAUACAUCAUUUGAGAUUAUAUCAUCUAUGAGAAGAGAUGAGGGGAACGAAAUAAUGAUUGGUGAUAGUCAAUUUUCUUUACUACCUUAUUCAAUUAAGAUUAGCGAAGAUGAAAUAAUGAGUAAAUUUGAUUUCAUUCUUAGUUUUCAACAUGAUCUGAAUGUAAAUGCAUUCUCAUGUACAAUCAAUGCGUCGCUUGAUUUAUUCAAUGUUGAAACAGUUUGUAUAAUUGGCCAAAGAUUACAGACAAUGUUACAUCGAUCAUCUGCGUGGAUUAUUGAUAAUGAAAUAAACAAACCUAUCUAUGAAUUAUCAUUAAUAUUAUCAAAUGAACAAUAUCUAAUGCAAUCGUUGAAUAAUACAAAAAUAUCAUUUCCAUCUCCUCCUCUCACUUGUAUUCAUCAUGAAUUUGUACAUCAAGUAAUGAAACAUCCACAAAAAUUAGCUGUUGAACUAGAUGAACAAUCAUUAACAUAUUGUGAACUGUUAUAUUAUGUUCAAGUAUUAUCAUUAGCUCUUCUUAAUGAAUAUCAUCUGUUUUCAGGUGAGGUGGUGUGUCAAUGUGUUGAGCGAAGUUUGCCGAUGGUGAUUGGUAUGAUGGCGAUUGAAAUGGCUGGUGGUGUUUAUUGUCCAUUAUCACCUCGAGAUCCACAACAUCGUUUGUAUGCACUCACACAACAAACACAAAGUCGUUUUGUUCUUAUUCAUCAUUUAACUAAAGUCAAAUUCGAUCAGGAUAUUGUCGCACUUGAUAUCGAUUCAAUAUUAAAUAGGAACGAUAUGGAUAGUGACAUUGAUGAUGAUUAUCUUUCAAACAUGAUACUGAUAGGCGAAGACUUAGCUUAUAUUAUUUUCACUAGUGGUUCAACUGGAACACCCAAAGCGGUUCAAGUUCGACAUAAGAAUUUUAUUGAUUGUAUCAAUUCUUUGGUUUAUAUAAACUCAUUUACGAAAGAUGAUACAGUUGUACAAAUGACACGUUGUUCAUUUGAUAUUCAUGUUCAAGAAAUACUUGGUGAAACGUUUGCUGUUCCUCUGAUUGAAUUGGUCGUGAAAACUGGCAUAACAAACUGUAUUGUAUGGAAUUUGUAUGGUCCGGCUGAAACAACUAUAAUUUCUACGUUCCAUAGAGUAGAUCUUAUACCUAAUACCCGAAUCGUUUCAAUUGGUACACCACUUUGUAAUUAUCGAUGCAUGAUUAUGAAUGAAUAUUCACAACAAUCUGUUAUUGAUCAAGAAGGCGAAUUGUUCAUAGGAGGUGUUGGUAUCUUUGCUGGUUAUCUUGGACGUGAUGAUUUAACUGCAAAAGCUCUUCUGGAAAUAGAUGGUCAACUAUUUUAUCGAGCAGGUGAUCUUGUUAAAAUGGAUAGCAAUGGUCUUCUUCAUUAUCAAGGAAGAAAAGAUCAUCAAAUCAAACUACAUGGACAACGAAUUGAACUUGGUGAAAUCGAACGAUGUUUACUUAACAUCACAUCCAUAUCUGCGUGUGUCGUCGUGAAAUGGAAAGAUGAUCAUCUAAUUGCCUAUGUUCAAACUUCUAAUGUUGAUGAAGUGCAACUACGAGAACAUUGUCAGUCAUAUUUACCACCACAUAUGAUACCAUCAAUAUUCAUUAUACUUGAGAAAUUACCAUUGAAUGCAAAUGGAAAAAUAGAUCGAAAACGUCUUCCUUCACCUGACUUUUUAUCACAAGUUACUGAUUAUGGUAGUAAUGUACCUAGUACCACUCUUGAACAACAAUUACAAAAGAUUUUCAAUCAAGCUUUCCAUAUUGAAUCUCCGCCUAUGGAAGUUCCUUUUGGUCAGCUCGGUGGAACGUCUCUGGAUGCUAUGCGUGCACUUACAUUAAUACGACAACAGGUGUAUACUAAUAUUGACAUUGGUCUUUUAUUUACUAAUCCAUCUAUCCGACAAUUGGCUAUAGCAAUAGAACCUCUCUUGAUUUCAAAUCAAUCACAAAAGACAGUGUUCACUGCCAAUCAAUCUCAUGAAACACAUGUUCGUUUUUCACCUUCAUUUGUUAUCGAAUCUGUAGGUAUUAUAUUUCUUGUUUGUCAAUGGCUAUGUCCAAUUAUAAUAAUUCAUCAAUGGUGCCCACUUCUUUUUCCUAUCUUACCAAUAUAUCAUCUUCUAUUCUAUGUCAUUUGGUUAAAUUUACUAUCACCGCGAGACAUCAAAACUGAUAAUCUUUUCUCUUGGAGCUAUUAUCGUUGGUGGUUUUUAGAUCGAAUAUGGAAUAAUAAUACAUUUUGGUUGCAGCAUAUACUUGGCACGCCACUCUACAAUUACUAUCUUCGUCUUUGUGGUGCACGAAUUAGUCUCAACAUACAUAUUUAUACUACAACUAUUGAUGCUCCAUGGUUGUUAGAUAUUGAUGAUGGAAGUUGGAUUGCUAAUGAAACGUAUUUAAACUGUUUAUAUUUUAAUGAUGAUGACACAUUCAAACUGAGUCCAAUUAGAAUUGGAUCUAGUUGUUCAAUCGGCGCUCGAUCGAUUCUAUUUGAUGGAGUUGAUAUGCAAAAUAAUAUUAUUGUUCAACCAAUGUCAUCAGUCACUGGCUUCGUCGCCUCUGAAACAAUUAUCGAUGGUGAAGAACACAAAUCUCGUCCGUCAGACAUCUCCGUUGUGCAGAGCAACAGAUCAUACUCCAUAUGGCAUAAAAUUUACCAAAUUAUUGUAAUCAUCUCGAUAAUCUGUAUUCAUUGUACACUUUUGAUUAUGGUAUAUAAAGCUUAUUCAGUUAAACAAAUACUAUUACCAAUCAGUAUUGCUUUUUGUUGGACUUUAUGGUCAGUUAUUGGUUGUUUCAUUUCGCUUCUCCUGCUGAAAUUUAUAGUAGGGCCCUGUGCUGCUGGUGAAAUAUAUCCGAUAGCAUCUUGGUUAUAUUUACAAAAAAUAUGGCUUCGUCAAUUAAUUAUAUCUAGUUUUCAUCAUGCUUGGCUAUUACCGACUGGCUACGAGCAUCUUUAUCCAUAUGUUCUUCGUUGGUUAGGUGCUAAAGUCGAAGAGAAUGUCAUACUCGGCAAGAUAAACACUUUUCUAUCCUGUCCAACAAAUCUAUUAAAAUUCGAAAUGGGUGUUACUGCUUUUGGUGGAGUCUUAAUAGUUUCUACUGAGUUGACACUUUCGGGUAAUCAUCGUGUAGAUCAAAUAAUGCUUGGAUCUCAUACAAACCUUGGCAAUAGAUGUUCAAUCCUGCCUGGUAGUUGCCUUGCAUCUGAAACAAUGAUUGGCAAUUUAACACGCAUCUCACGAGAGACAAAAAGCGAAUACGGAGGAGUUUUUAUGGGUGUUCCAGCUCGUAUAAUGCCAUUUCAAAUGCCUUGCAGGCCAGAAAUACAAGAUCAGAUUGAAAUCAUACCAUUUUGGCAUACAUGUUUGUCUCAUUAUGUCAGCAAAUGUCUUUUAUUAAGCAUUUAUUCGUUUGGUGGUCUUGUUGGUGGAUCAAUGAUUCAUACAAUGCUUGCCGGUGGCCUCUAUCGAUGUCGUUCGUAUAAAAAACGCCAUGAAAUUGUACAACAAAUAAUAGCGAGAAUAAAUCAAGAUCAUGAACAAUUUAUUUGUCCAUUUCUUGGUAAUACACAAUGGCUCAUUCGACUAUUUCGAGUAGGUGGUGCUCAUAUUGGUAAGAAUAGUAUCGUGGCUGAUAUAUCCUGUCUUACUGAUUUUCAUUUAAUCACUAUUGGAGAUGAUACUCGACUUAAUGUGCGUAGUCAGAUACUGUGUCACAGUUUCGAACAACGUAUUUUGAAACAAUCUCCUGUAUCAAUCGGUAAUUCAUGUAUACUGAUGACCAGCUCAAUUGUAAUGGCAGGCUGCAAAUUAACGGGUAACAAUCGUCUUUACCCUGGGACACUGAUAAUGAAAAAUGAUCAGUUAUCACCGAAUACUCAUUGGAAAGGGAUUCCUGCACAAUCUUGCACAAUAAAAGCAAGAUUAUCUCGAUCAACAAUAGCUCAUAACGAUCCAGUAAUAUAUCAGCAAGGAUACGAGACUAUUAACAAAUUGUUUCCCUGGUACGAACGCAUUGCAGGCAUCUAUAUGAAUAUAAACGAAUUACAAUUUAUGAAUUGUGGCUAUGCAGAUAUGGAUGAAUAUAUCGAUGAUCAUACUGGCUAUUAUUCAAGAAAGCUUUAUGAACAAGUUUUUGCAAAUGUGAUAUCAACAGAUAAGAAUAUCCUUGAAAUCAAUUUUGGUAGAGGUGCUGGUGCUGCAUGGUGUGUUCAUACUCAUGCACCUCACUCUUACAUUGGAAUAGAUCCUUCUCAAGAUGUUAUUAACUUAUGUCAACGACUCUAUUCGACAACUCCUCGACUUUCGUUCGUAGUAGGUAAUCCAACAAAACAUUUACCAUUUGAAAAUGAGUCAAUUGAUAUUAUUCUUUGCAUCGAAGCAAAACAUGCUUUUGGCGAACCAAUAUCAAUCACACAGUUUGCUAAUGAAGUCAUUCGUGUACUUCGUCCAAAUGGAUAUCUUCUAUGGUGUGAUUUUUGUUAUAUGAAUGGAUCAGGUACAUCAACUUAUGAUCUGAUAGCAAAUGAUGAAUUAAUUAUUGAAGAAAAGAUUAAUAUUACAAGGAAUGUUCUUCAUGCACUUGACAUUCAAAAUAAAUCUCGUAUUGAUUUCAUUCAACGUUAUAUUCAACCUGAAGAACAAGAAUAUUUUCGUCUGUUUGCUGGAUUACCUGGUACUCAAGUUUAUGAAGACAUGAGUCAAGGACGUUCACAAUAUUGGCGAGUUGUAUUUCGAAAGAAGACCACAACAAAUAUAUCUAUCACCUAA